UGGACACAAUCUUAGAUUGCUGUUUUGUUAUGUUAGUGCUGUUUACCCACGGAAGGAAGAUGCUUUAACAAGUUUCUUGAACUCUCCCGUUUUAUUUCUUGUUGAGAAACUGUCUCAGUCAUACUUCUGCUUCAGUCUUCAAGAUGCGCAACGCUGAUGAAAACUUAUUCAAGACUGUCAGAUUUGGAAAUCCGGAAAAUCUUGAGAAAUUACUGAACGGCAACAAGAAGGGUCAUCAAAACACUGUCAACACAAACAGCAAGAGUCCGAAAGACGGGGCCACGCCGUUGAUCCAGUGCAUUCAGGGAGCUGGUCGAGUGGGUAACAACGCGUGGAACACCCGUACCACAAACCAUCUCGAGUGCGGUCGUUUGUUGCUCAGGCACGGUGCUAAUCCGGACUCUAGGGAUAAGCUGGGCAGGACUGCUCUGCACUGGGCUGUUUUCUACAAGAGGGUGGAUUUUGUGGAAACAAUUCUCGACCAUAAAGCUGAUCCAAGUCUCGGGGAUCAAAAGGGACAGAAUGUGCUAGACUUUGCCGUUCGUGUGAAUGCAGAUACUUGUUUUAAGUUGCUGUGUGCUCGAGUGGAAAAACAGGUGCUGGAGCAGUGCGAUGCAGACGGUACCCCGUUACUCGUGUACGCUACGCAGCUCGGCCACACAGAAGCUGUUAGAAUUCUGCUAGAAUGUGGUGUAAGACCAAACUCCUCAAACAGGGAGGGACAGACGGCCGCACAUAUAGCUGUUUGGGGUCAACGAACUGACAUCCUGAAACUUCUUUUAAGGAAUGGAGCCUGUAGUCAUCUGACUGAUCACAGCAAGGUCACUGUCAUCGCAGCAGCAAGCGCUUCACACAACCCAGAGAUCCUCAGCUUGAUUGUUGAAGAAGGAGAUAAGAUUAAUCCAGAGAUCUUAGACAUUUCUGACGAUGAUGGUGUCACUCCGUUGAUGAUUGCUGGUAGGAAAGGAAGCUAUCAAAUCGUUGAAAUGUUGAUAGAUCUUGGGGCUUCCCUUGAAGCAACUGACAAGUCGGGUAAGACUGCAAUGCACCACACCAUUGAGCACCACCACAACGACUGUGUUAAGAUGCUCAUUGAAGCAGAUCCAUCACUCGCUGCUCUGACGGAUUCCGAAGGACGCAACGCUUUACAUCUGGCAACUAUAGAUGGCGACAUUGAAUUGAUCCAGCUGGUACUGCCGCAUGUAGAUAUCAACGCGAUGGAUAAUGAACAACACUCAGCUAUUCAUUGGGCAACAGUGUGUGGUCUCUACAACUGUAUCUCUCUCCUGAUUGAGAGUGGUUGCACUCCAGCCACCCCGGACAUCCACGGAGCCUACCCAAUCCACUACGCCACCCAGAUGUGUGGAGAUCCAGCCAUGGCUACUGCUGGGCUGAGAUGCCUACAGGCUCUACUCCGUAAAGGUGGCAGCUCUGUUAAUUGUGUGGAUAAAGGCGGCAAGACGCCACUAUUGUGGGCAGCUUCUGCUGGUAAUAUCAAAGCUUGUAGACUGCUGGUUGACUUAAAAGCUGAUAUAACCCUCUCUGAUGACAAUGGUUUAACAGCUCUACACUGUGCUGUAUGUCGAAAUCACCCGUCCUGUUUAGAGGCAUUACUUAGGGACUGUCGCUGCGAACCGAACCCAGCAGACAAAGGGGGUUGCACACCACUGUUCUACGCUAUCACCAUGGAUCACGGUGAGUGCGCCCUCACGCUGCUGAAAUAUGGAGCAUCGCCAAGCUGGAAAGAUCAAGAUGGGAAGAGUCCGGCAUUCUGUGCUGCAUCUAGAGGUUCAGUACCGAUCCUGAAGUUACUAAAUAAUUAUGGAGGCUCACUUCAGCUUCGCACUAUCAGCAAAGAUACUCCACUAACUCAAGCUGCUAAAGCUCAACAUAUAGAAGCUGUGUCUUUCUUAUUGAAGCAUGGCUGUAAAGUGAAUACCAGGGAUGGCAGUGGACUGACAUCAAUGCAUCACGCUGCAACCAAUAACAGUGUCUUGCUCUGUACACUUCUUCAUCAGCAUGAGGCAAAUAUUAACUCUGUCUGUGUGACUAAACAGGGGAAACCACGUACACCCCUUGACUGUGCAGAGGAGUCAAACAGCAGGGAGUGUGUCGCAUACCUACUCUCCCUGGGAGCUAAACAUGGCUCCGAAAUCCCUGAGGAGCUCUGGCAAAGUGAGGAGGAAGAAAAAGAUAAAGAAGAAGAUGGAAGAGAUGCUUCGGGAGAGGAGAUUGCACUUCAUAAUUUGAACGAAGAUGAGAAACACAAGAAGAUGGAUGAAGAACAAAACUUGGGUGAUGAUAAGGAGCAAGACCAGGAACGAGACGAAACACAAGAGCCUCCUGUCAAAGAAGAGGUGGAAGAUGAGGCCAAAAGUAAAGAGGGCUCGUCAGACCAGGACUUGAAGACGAAUGAGGACAGGGUAGCUAGGAAGAAACCUCAAAGCAAGUGUAAAAGCGGCCCUAACAAAACAAAUGCUGAAGAAUUGGAGACAAAACUAGCCAACUGGAAUACAUAUUUACAAGAUAACGUGGAAUUCUUGGAUGUAGUCAUCAACUCUCAAGCCCAAGAGCUGUCAGAGGCAAGGCAAAAAGCCAGGAGCCAGAAGAAAGAACUUGUUGGCCGUUUAGAGGAACUCAAGACAGAACUGGAGAGAAGCUGCAAAAGGCUCUAUAAAGACGUAGAACAAAAUGAGAGCAAGAGAGAAAGCACCCAGACAGAUAUUGCUGUAGUCAGGAGACUGCAUGACAUCGAAGAAAGAUUUCAGAGAGCUAAUGCAUCAGCAGCAGCCAGCUUGGAUGAGUUCCGUGCAUCACACUUUAAGGUAUCAGACAGUGGAGACAGAGAGGGUGAGAAUCAGGCUAGUGGUGAUGAAUCAAUACCUGAUGGAAACAGGUUUGAUUCGAGCCAGCAAAAUAAUGAAGCAUGGAUGGAGAAAAAGAACAAAGACCAUUUGCAGAAGACAAGAAUACAACAAGCGUCAUCGAGCAUGAAGCUUAUGAAUUCCCCAAAGAUGGCUGGUCACAGGAGUAGAAGACACCCCAAACCAAUGAGGCGUAGCCACUCCAUCCCUGAUCAUCGAACUGUUAAGUCACCAUAUAAUGCUAAAGUUAUCAUCCCUCUAAGAGAGCCAGAGCCUCGACGAAGACGAAGCAACGAGAGCCAACUCAGUGGUCAUGAGGAAGCUCAACUCCGUAGGAGGAUGGGAGAAUUAAACAGAGCUGCAAUGUACCCCAGCGCAAGCCAGAUGAAGAUCAGAGAAUAUGAGGGCAUAUACGACUUGAAAGAACCCUGUACCCCAAGGUGGGAUGGUGGUGGUCGACCACGAUGCACUCUUCACUUCUUAACACCAGAGGAGUUCAGAAAACGGGUUUCAUAUCAAAAACAGCCAUCAUUCUGGCUCUGAGAUGACGUCUCACAGUUAUUAUAACCCCUUCAGUGAUUUUUUGAAUUUCUGUAUGAUACAAAUAAAUAAGUCUUUGUCACCAAACAAAAUAUAUCUUGCUGAUUUUAGUUGUCUUUUUACAUCCCAUGUCAAUAGUAUUUCUUGAGUGAUACUGCCCUCUUGUGAUAAACAUGUAUUGUGGGUUGUACAUGUGGGAUCGAUGACACUUUUUUUUGAGGACAUAAAAAAGAUCACACAUGUCUGAUAAUGGGGUACGAUAAGUUAAGAGGUUAUUUGCCAAAGCUAGUUUAAAUAUAAUAUGUAAGAAUAUGGUGUAAUAUUCGAUCUAGUUUGUAUAUUCACCACAUAAAGUGGUUCAUAAAGUGGUUCAGUCUUUAGGAUGUUUUUAUUGUAAUAUUCACUGACAUUUAUUUUUGACAAUCAUUGUAUCCAGUAUUUGUUGUGCAGUACUGUUUAUGAACUCUGUGAUAUAUAUAAUUAUAGCAUAAAACGAAAUAUGUACAGUAAACAAGUUAAUUUAUACUAACUAGAAUAAUUCAGUAUUUAUUUUUGUAUCAGUUCGUUCAGUGUAUUUUUUCUAGUUUAAAGUGUGCCUUAAUUACAAGAAGCGUUGCUUAUCGUGGCAAGUUGUGGCUGAGCGGUAAAGAGCAACCGUGGGUUCGAGUCCCAUCAUGGCACUUGUGUCCGUGAGCAAGAUACUUUAGAAAAUUGCUUUGUCCAUUGGAUGCGACAUAAAGAUGUAGGUCUUCUGUACAAAAAUAGCUGUAACACUUAUCGUGGAUGAGUAAGGGUUGACAUGUGUUUCUGGUUCCCAUAGCAACCCGUUUACAGGUUUUCUCAGACUUGUGAAAAAUAGAAAUGUUCACAGAUUUGCGCAUAAAGAUGGUAUAAAAACUUUCUUUGAAAGAACUUGCUGAAUAUGCCAUAAAUUCGUAGAUGUGGACAUCUUGGUGAUGAGUAAUGGAGAGAGGUUGAUGGUAUAAAACAUUGUGAGAAACGGCUCCCUCU